CUCUGGCCUGGGAGGGCAGGCUACUGGGUUCAUCUUUCAAACUCAGCUACUCUUUAGCUGGGAAGACUUCGGCAAGUCGCUUCACCCUUCUGAGCCUUGGCUUCCCCAUCUAGAAAAUGGGUCUAAAAAUAAUCAUGCUAACUCUGUAUUGAGCACCUUCUGUAUUCUACUGGGCACCUUACAGACUAUUCCUUCCCCAGAGCAACCCUAUAGGAGUGGGAUGAUUAGCCUUUUUUACAGAGGAAAAUGAAGUUCAGAGAAGUUAAGCCAUUUGUCCAAGACAAAUGGUUCCAAAUCUGGUUCCAAAGCCGGCACCUUUCUACUCCCCAUUCAGCCUCUCUCACAGGGUGGUUUUAGAGUAUCAAAUGGCUUUCUGCAAACAACAAAAAAUCCUAAAAGGCAAGUAACCUAUCUAGAUGGAUCGCCACACUUAGAUCUUAGCAAGGGCCAGGGCCCUUUGUAAACUGUGAAGUGCUAUGGAAAUGCCAGUUCUUGGUUGAAAACAAUGGAGUGAUGCUGGAGACAAUUGAUAUUUGGUGAUGCGAUGACCUGUUCAUAGACCAAGGAGAUGACUUUGGGGCAGUGUUUAGGAUUUACUGUAGCUGAGAUGUCCUGGCUUGGAGUGGAGGUGAUACAUGGCCAGAGUCUCUCCCCAGCUGAUCCUGAAACAACAGUGGGAGAGCAGCACAGAUACAGAUCCAGGCAAUAAUGAUCCUUCCUCCUCUUGGACAGCCUUUUACAGCUCUGGCCAUGGAACUUCAGAGAAUGUAGGUCUUAUCUGGGGGGAAACAGGAGAUCUUGACGUGUAGUAACACAAGCUUACUGGAGUAAAGUUAGAAUUUUCAGGUAAGAGAAUUAAAAAAAAAAAAAAAAAAACUUAUAAUCUUGCCCCCAGAGAUAACCACUGCUAAUAUUUGGUUGUUUAUCUUUCCAGACAUUUUUUCCAUUGCGCACACACUUCUGAAAAUUGGAUUAUGUGGUAAUAUGGUUUUGUUGCUGGUUUUUUUUUGCUUAAUGACAUUAUAUCCUAGGCAUAUAUCCAUAUUAAUAGUUUUACCACAUCAUAAUAAAGGCUGCAUAAUAUCUCUUCCUAUGGAUGGAGCAGAAUCUACUUAAUCAGUGUCCUAUUACUGGAUGAUGAUGUAGUUCUCCAUAUGUCACUGUGAAACCAGCGCCUGGAUGGGCAUCUCUGUACUCACAUCUUUGCAGAAGUCCUUGAUGGUUUCCGUGGAAUCAAUUCCCAGUAGGGGAAAUGAUGAGUCAAGGUUACAUACAGUUUAAGGCUUAUGAUAAGUAUUAAAGGUCUGCUUUUAACACAUUCUGGGAUUGAGGGGCUUCUCAAAGCUUGAUGCAGAGAACUUAGUCAUGUCUUUGAAGUCAACCUUGACCCUUUCUUUCUCUCAAAUCCAUUUGCAUUAAUAAUUUCAACUGCCUCAUAUAUCCAUAACAAUGUUUUGGUCAACAGUCGAUUACAUAUGUGAUGGUGGCCACAUUAGAUUAUAAUACCUUAUAUUUACCUUGCCUUUUCUAAGUUUAUGUUGAAAUAUACACAUAAUUAUCAUUGUGUUACAAUUGCCUACAGUAUUCAGAACAUAAUAAGCUGUAUGGGUUUGUAGCCUAGCAGCAACAGGCUAGACCGCAUAGCCUAGGCAUGUAGCAGGCUCUGCCAUCUAGGUUUGUGUAAAUACUCUGCGCUGUUCACACAACGAUGCAUUUCUCAGAACAUAUUCCCAUUGUUAGGUGAUGUGUCGCUUUGUGGUCUUUACUGGGUGCUGGGCUCUAACUAAAAGCUUUACUAGUUUUGGCUUCCUUUUCACAAGGAGAAAUAGAGGCACAGAGAGGUCAAGCAAUUCAACUGGAAUCACGGCCCUAAAUAGCCAUGGAUCUGGCAUCAUGAACCUUGACAGAAACUACAGCUGGAUCCCUAGAACUCCACUGCUUCUUGGGAAGUGGCUUUGAUUCUGUCCCCAAAGAUAUCACUUAUCCCAUCCCAUUUUAUCUUCUCCGCCACUGCCUAACCUGCACCACCAUCGCACGCCUGAGCCACACUGCUGCAGCCCGAACGGGUGUUCCCUUCCCGAUCUUGUCCCUCUCAGCCUGUCCUCUGCUCUGCAGCUAGAAUGGUGUUUUAAAAAUGAAAAUAGGAUCAGGUACCUUACCCUACUGCUUACCCCUGGAAUAAAAUCCAGAUGAGCUCCCGAGCUCACAGGUCCCGCGUCCUAUCCCCCCUCCACCUUGCCUACUCCAGCCACCACACCUUGAUCACCCUGGACUCCUUUCACUUUCUCAAAUUGGAAGAGCUUUCCUCUCCUCGGGGCCACACAUGCUGUUCCCUGGGCCUGCAACACUCUUCCUCCACUCUGCGUGGCUGGAUUCUUAUAUACUUUGGUCUCAGCUCUUCUGUCACCCUUUGCAGAAACCUUCUCUGGUGGUCUCAGCGGCGGCAGCCACCAAGCACCCAAAGCCCAUUUUCCUUUUUGCCGUUUAUUAACAACCAUUAAAAUUGUGUAUUUAUUUAUUGCCCAUUACUCAUUAAAUGUCUCUUUGCCUCACUACACUCUAAAUGCCAUGAGGUCAAAGACAAUGUCUAUUUUGUUCACCAUGAUACUUUGCACAGCACCUGGGCUACAGUAAGCACUCAAUAAUGUCCAAGUGGAUGAAUGGACUGCAGAAUAAAGCACUGGUGCAGAGCCCUGCUAAACUACCCUAGUUUCACUUAGGGCUCCAUCUCCCACUGCAUAUCUUCAUUUCCUCCUUCCCUGUUUGGAGCAGUGCCAGAGGUCUAGAAGAAAACCAGGAAGCCACAGGUCAGAGAGUAUAAGCAUGUUUUGCUUCAGACAUCGGCUCAGUCGGGGUAGAUGAUGUCAUAUCAGGGGCUCUAGGGAGACUUCCUUCUCCUGGAUCCCCUCUUGCACAGUUCCUGGAUUUCUACCAUGAGUCUUCUGGCUGUGAGGGAUUCCCGAUCACAUGCAAACACUUAUUAUCUAGCUAGUAACACGCGCUGAGUAGGUGGACGGCAUGGAUGCAGCCUUCUGUCUUUACGAAAACCAUGCGUCUGAAGACAUGGGUCCCAUGUCACCAUUAACUAGCUGGGUGACUUUGGGUGAGUCACUUCUUGUCUCUCAUCUGCAAAGUGAGUAGUUCAGAUGGAGAAUUGGUUUUUAAACUUUUUCUUUUCCCCAGCAGAUCAACUCUUCAAAUUAUUCAAAUGACCCAUAUGAGAAACAGAGAAAAGCCAAGUAUUUCUGGUUGAAACGGAGAAGCUGAGCUGGGGUGCGCCUCCCUCCUGCUCCCCGCUUUAACUCCCUAAGGUUGGUGGGAUGGCCAGCUCUAAGAUCACAGAAGGCUGACCGGCUGUGUGCUAAGAACAAAGCAGAAGGCAGCGAGGUUUGGACACGCUGCUUGCAGUUACUUAGGCACAUUAAAAGAUCAGCGGGUGACUGGACUGAAUCUGAUAGUCGGAGCUUUUAAGCUUCGAAGUAGGUGACUUUCACAGCAACUGAAGUGCUGAGCAGGCAGCCCCUUUGUGCAAGGAGGAGGUUCCAGCCACUUUCGUAGAGAAAUGAGGGCCCCAGAGAGAGGAAGCCCAGAAGACUCACUUACCCUCUUCACAUCUAGAAAGAAGAAAUUGCCACCCUACCUUUCCAGAUCAGGGACUCCAGGUCUUGAAGGGACUGCCCACAAUCUCACAGGACUUCUCCCACGAGGCCUCCCCGUGUGUGGCUGAGGAUGGCUGAGCAGCAGGGCCAGGAGCUUGAGGCCGAGUGCCCCGUCUGCUGGAACCCUUUCAACAACACGUUCCAUACCCCCAAAAUGCUGGAUUGCUGCCACUCCUUCUGCGUGGAAUGUCUGGCCCACCUCAGCCUGGUGACUCCGGCCCGGCGCCGCCUGCUGUGCCCACUCUGUCGCCAGCCCACAGUGCUGGCCUCAGGGCAGCCUGUCACUGACUUGCCCACGGACACUGCCAUGCUCACCCUGCUCCGCCUGGAGCCCCACCACGUCAUCCUGGAAGGCCAUCAGCUGUGCCUCAAGGACCAGCCCAAGAGCCGCUACUUCCUGCGCCAGCCUCGAGUCUACACGCUGGACUUUGGACCCCAGGCUGGGGGCCAGACUGGGCCGCCCCCAGACACAGCCUCUGCCACCGUGCCUACGCCCAUCCCCAUCCCCAGCCACUACUCUCUGAGGGAGUGUUUCCGCAACCCUCAGUUCCGCAUCUUUGCCUACCUGAUGGCCGUCAUCCUCAGUGUCACUCUGUUGCUCAUAUUCUCCAUCUUUUGGACCAAGCAGUUCCUUCGGGGUGUGGGGUGAGUGCUGUUCCCAGACAAGAAACCAAACCUUUUUCAGUUGCUGCUGGGUAGGGUGACUGCGGAGCCUCAUUUGGUAUCGUCUUCCUUUAUAGUGUCGUUUAUUUUACAAUCCAGGGAUUGUUUAGGCCAUGUGUUUGCUUCUGGGAAUAAUUAAAAAAAAAAAAAAAACACACAAAAAACGAAAAGCUUGAAGGACUGGGAGAUGUGGAGCAACCUCCAGGUGUGAGUGUGGCGUCAUGGAAGGGCAGACAAGCGCUUCUGACCACAGAGCUCCACAGCAAGUUGUGCCAAAGGGCUGCACAAUGGUAUCCAGGAACCUGCCGAGCCCACAUAGCAAGUUGCAUUUCUCACUGGAGCUGCUUCAAAAUCAGUGCACAUUUUUUUGAGUUGCUCUUUUUACUAUGGGUUGCUGAAAAAAAAAUUGGGAAGUGAGCUUCGAUUCUGUGGGUAAAUGUGCGUUUGCUUCUCUUUGGAUGUCUUGCCACCGGUUGCAGUAAAAGUGUUCUGCAUUCAUUAA